GUCCCUGGUCAUCCUGAAUCUUCAGAAUGAUGGUCCUGAAGUUCCUCUGGAUGGGUUUCCUCUGCCACCUGUGUCAGGGCUACUUUGACGGCCCUCUCUACCCAGAAAUGUCCAAUGGGACUCUGCACCACUACUUCGUGCCCGACGGGGACUAUGAGGAGAACGAUGACCCCGAGAAGUGCCAGCUCCUUUUCAGGGUGAGUGACCGUCGGCGCUGCUCCCAAGGGGAAGGGACCCAGGCCAGUCGCUUGAUGAGUCUCACCCUUCGAGAGGAGUUCACGGUGCUGGGCCGCCAGGUGGAGGAUGCUGGGCGCGUCUUGGAGGGCAUCAGCAAGAGCAUCUCCUACGACCUGGAUGGGGAAGAGAGUUAUGGCAAGUACCUGCGGCGGGAGUCCCACCAGAUUGGGGAUGCCUACUCCAACUCCGACAAGUCCCUCACUGAGCUGGAAAGCAAAUUCAAGCAGGGCCAGGAACAGGACAGCCUGCAGGAGARUCGGCUCAACGAGGACUUCCUGGGGAUGCUGGUCCACACCAAGUCCCUGCUGAAAGAAACGCUGGACAUCUCCACAGGGCUUAGGGACAAAUACGAGCUGCUGGCCCUCACCAUCAGGAGCCACGGGACUCGGCUAGGUCGGCUGAAAAACGAUUAUCUUAAAGUAUGAGGUGGAAAUGCCAGAGAGAGCAAUYAAAUCAGCUCCUUGGUGGAGGGUUGGGGGAUGGAUGAGGGGGCUACAUUUUUCCUUACUCUUAUAAUAUUUUAUAUCCAGAUUUGCACUUUGAGAAUGAAUCUGAAAUCAUCUUUAAAAAAAGAAAGAAAGGGUUGGAAGGUGAAGUGGUUGUUUUAAUUCUGUACAUUAUUUAUGUGAUUGUUGCAGAUUUAUCURUCCGUGGGAAAGAAGGAUUGAAAGCAAUGCCCCUCUUUCCUAGUGGGCUUUAAAAUAACUCUGCAGAGAUAUUUGUUUCAGCCACAUCCAAAAGGAUACAGGCUAUGCAGGAGAGACUGAUUAAACUUCCCCUUCCUGGAGAUUAUGGGGAUAUACCCAAGGAGCACAGUGACAAGCUCCUUUCACCUUCAGCUUUCUCUCUUGGGCUUUACAAACAAAGUGACUGGUUUUCAAAUGGGGUCCAAGGGGUUGCUCUUUAUGCCUGCCAAUCCAUGGAAGUUGCUUGCUUCUUCUGCUUUUCUGUCUUAUUUAUUAACCAUGGUCUGUGAGUUGUUUUUGGUUUUGCUUUUUUUUUUUGUAUGCAUAUUGUUGGGAAACUAUGUGCAAAUCAUCCUUUAUAGGAAGAUGCUUGCAAGUUUCCUCUGUGGGUAUAUGUAAGUUUCAGCAGCAACAUUGAAGAAGUCUAAACUUUGUGGUAGUUGCCCUCUCAUGUUGAUAUGCUGAUUUGUUAUGUCUCAUUGUGUGUCUAUGCUUUGUCAUCAGUGCAAGAGUCAAUUACAAAAAAGUASUUUGAACACCCCACGCAGAAGCCUAUGAUUGAAGUUGUCAAUGUAUUUUUUUCUCAUUCAGGGGUUUUGCUUCUCUUUGCCUAUUAGAAACUUGUACUUCAAGGAGUGGGGGGGGAGGGGAUUCUAAUUCUAAUAACUCCUUAGCUAAGUUUUAUUAUUCAGCCAAUAAAUGUGUUUUCACAUAAUACUGGCUUAUUUUCUAAUUUAUAUCUGUAGAUUUCAUAUUUCAAAGAGAGGCCCAUGCAAAGGAGAGAGGAUGGGAUUUAAGCCAGUUUACUUAGCGUGCAUGAUAAAGAAGGAAGAAGGAGAGCUAUGCAUUUAGCAAUUCUCCCCUCCCUGCUAACCCUUACCAUCCUUGUGAGGAAAAAAAAAAAAAAAAAAAAAAAA